UCAGUCCUCCGCGGUUGACAGGGGGCGCGUUACAGACGCGGUCCUGGCCAUCUCGUACUAAAUAAAAAAGAAAAAAUAUUCUUAAAAAGAAAUUCCCGCGCUUUAUUGACAGUGAUUAAAUUUUGAAUUUAAAAAUGGAAUGUGCUCGAUAAAUUUAAAAAAUACAUUCAGUUUAAAAACGAAAUAUAAAUGGAUUUGUUAAUUUUUUAAGUAUUUUAGUGUUCUUACAUCGGUGUAAGUGUAAAUUCGUUAACGAGUAAGUGCAGAUAAAUGAGACCAACAGAGAAAAAUGGAGGAAUUGUGGCCAAAAAGAGAAAUAGGUAUGAUAGUACUGCUAAUUAUAUACGGGGCAGCUGAUGUUGAAUCUAGCUUACCGGUCGACAUGGCGCCCGAAGAGAAAGUCCUACCACCAACAACACUCUCCCUAACGUCUACGUCAUCAAGUGUGACCACAGUAAACAUCUCAACUUCAACCUUUGCCACAGCAAUAGCACCCAUACCACCCAGUGAUAGGGACAGGUUCCUCACCUUCGCAGAGUCUGGUCAUCAUCAGACUUUCAUGUUUGCUAAAGAUAACACAUAUAUACAGCUAGAUGGGGAUAUUAUACAGAGAUUUCAGCUAAGAUUGUGCAGAGAAAUUUCAUUCAAAUUCCGAACGAGACUUCCACACGGUCUGUUAGUGUAUCACAACGUGAAAAAUCCUGUUUUCAAAAUGCAACCUUAUGCGUUGUACGUUAUAGUUGAAAAAGGUGAACUUAAAGUUGUCCACGUAUUCGGGAAGCAUCUUACCUCAGUGACAGUUGGCAGGGCUCUCAAUAGAGACGAAUGGCAUAGUGUGGUGGUAACCAUCGACGUUCAUGGCGCUAGGCUCAUAGCCAAAGUGGAUCAUUUGAAGGAAGAAGUCUAUUUGAAGGGAUUAAGUUUCGAUACAAACUACGGAAUCACUGACAAUCUUACAUCAGUCAUUCUUAUUGGAGGUUUAAGUUCAGAAGAGAAACUGCACGGAGUGAAGUACAUUAUUGAGUCAUUCGUCGGCUGCAUCAGUGAUAUAGUACUCAGCUCAGGGAAAGCCGCCUCAGAUUUACUCCCCAUAGUGCCACUAAUCGCCACAAAACAUGAAAAUGUCAAAGAAGGUUGCAUAGACAAAUGUAGAACCAUGGAGAAUCUAUGCUUCGAAGGUUCUAGAUGUAUUAAUGAGUAUAAUGGGUACAGAUGUGACUGCUUCGGUACUUUGUAUGAAGAACAACUUUGUGACGUUUAUACGGCGACGGUGUUAACACUGCGCGGCUCGAGUUACGUGUCGUAUCGCGUUUACGAUUGGAAAGACCGAGUCCACUCCACCAAUACUCGAGUCAGCCUUCAUUUUAAGACCAGGUUUGACGAUUCGGCUUUAUUCUAUGCAAGCGGUCAGAUUGAUGACAAACAUCAUUACAUAGCCCUUUCUAUACAUCAGGAGAAAGUAGCUGUUCAAAUUGACUUAGGAGAUGGGGCAGUCGAGGAUUAUUUGGGUGAAAAGGUUAAUAACAAUUUAUGGCACAACUUGACAGUAAUACUCCAAGAAAACACAUUGAAUGUAUACCUUGAUGACGUGUCAGAGACGUACGAAGUUCCUGGUAACGCGAGAUACGUGUGCAUCGAUCCAGAAAUUUACAUAUGCGGAGGGCCAGACCUUCACAAAAUGAAAGGAUUGAAGUCCUUCAACAACUUUGCUGGCAAUUUAAAAUACGUUUACUAUAAUGACGUGUCAAUACUCUACGAACUGAAACAGAACAAUCCCAAAGUGCAUUACAUAGGAGUGUUGGAUCCUGAAUUCGAAGAGAUAGAUAUAGAAGUGAUUCCAAUAACGUAUCCAUUCGCAACUUCGCAUAUAUGGUGGCCUUUGAACCAGAGCACCAGCAUUAAUUUAAUAUUCGAUUUCAAAACAAGCAAGAACAUGGCAGUAUUAGCAUACAGCCAGAUAACGUCCGGCCAAGGUUAUUGGGAGGUGAGGAUGGUAAAAGAAGAAAUAAGAUUUGAACUGGUCCCGGAUGUCGGAAAAAAUGUAACUGUAUUGAAGUCUGUUAAAUUUAACGUAAGCAACGAUUGGCAUAAUGUCGAAUUGGAUUAUAGAAAGGGACGAAUAAAGCUAACAGUGGAUCAUCAUAAUAAACAUGCUCAAAUGUUUGGUCUAGACUUCGAAUUGCAAGACAAAAUCGUCAUAGGCAGUGGACUCAAAUCAGCUAACCUAGGCUUGAUCGGGUGUAUGCGGAACAUCAAGAUCAAUGGUUUGUUGAUUGAGCCUCGUUUUGUGAUAAAUACUGAAAGGGUCGUGGGAGAGGUCGCUAUUGAUGACUGCAGAUAUGUAGACCCUUGCACACGACCUAACACUUGCGAGCAUGGAGGGAUCUGUUCCAUCAGAGAAGAUAGAGUUAUUUGCAACUGUGAUAAUACUGGUUAUAUAGGCGAAAAUUGUCAUUUCGCGACAUUCCGCAAAACCUGCGAAGAGCUGGCUCUACUAGGCUACACGAGGAACGAUGUGUACCUCAUAGACAUUGACGGUAAUGGCAGAUUCCCGCCAGCACACGUCAAAUGCGAGUUCCAGAUCGAAGCCGACUCCUCCACUACUGUUGUUGAACAUAAUUUACCUAGUCAAGUUGACGUAAGGUCAGCAUCUGGUCAAGACUUCAGCUUCAAAAUCAAAUACAGAGAGUUCAGCGCGGAGAUGUUGCAAGAGCUCAUCUCACACUCAUUGUACUGCCGACAGUACAUCAAGUAUGACUGUAACAUGGCUCCGUUAGAGUUGCACAGUGCUACGUGGUUUAUAUCCUCAUCUAAUGAUACCGUGGAUUUUAUGGGGAAUGUCAAGAGAGGUUACUGUCCAUGUGGAGUCAACGCAACUUGCGUCAAUCCGACCCAAGCUUGCAACUGCGACGCUAAUGAAAACAAAUGGCAUUCUGACGAAGGUACUUUUGUAAAUCCGAAAAGUUUGGGCAUUACUGAAAUGUUCUUCCUGCAACAAAAGGAUUUAACUGAAGAAGCUCAGGGAAGAAUCACUUUGGGACCUUUGGAGUGUGUGGAAACUAAUACCCAGCGGUAUGUGGUAACAUUUACAACAUCCCAAUCAUAUAUCGAAGUGCCGGGCUGGAGAAAAGGCGACAUAGCCUUCAGCUUUAGAACGACUGGCACAAGUGCUAUAUUGCUAUUCCAACCGCCUAUACGGCCUAAUUACCCUUCGUUUAUGGUUGCUUUAACUAGUGAACACGAACUAACUUUCAACUUUACGCUAAACACGGGAACAACCAGGAAGCUAGUGAUCAACUCCAAACGCAAACUAAAUGGAGGGGAGUGGCAUAAAAUAUGGAUAGAUUAUAACUUCUACCACGUCAGAUUUAUGUUGAACACGGAGUAUCAGAUGUUGAACUUGUUGUUGGAGGAAGAAUUCGGGCCGUUUGAAGGAUCCAUGUUUAUUGGAGGUGCCACUGCAGAGUUUCUAAAGAAAUCAACAGUGCAUCAAGGACUAAUAGGCUGUUUCCGAGGGCUGGUUGUAAACGGUGAAGUUCUAGACAUUUAUAGCUAUAUGUCGGUCCAUCUGUCUGAGAUAAUAAAAGAUUGCAAACCUUCGUGCGUGCCAAAUCCAUGUCAAAAUAAAGCUAUAUGUAAAGAACUUUGGUCCACUUACGAAUGUAUAUGCAAAAACCCAUGGGCACACCUUGGAACUCAUUGUGAAGAAAAUAUAAACGAAAAAGCAUUAACGUUUCAAACAAAAGAAGCUUAUCUCAAAAAGAACUACUUAGUAGACGAAGAAACAGACGCAGAGAAACACAGACUGAAGUUAAUGAUGACUGAAAACGUUCUAAUGAACCUACGGACAUACGACGACAACGCCUUAGUACUAUACGCUAAUGAUAAUCUAAACAACUUCAUACAUCUGUUCAUACAUAACGGAACACAAAUAAUAUAUCUGUUCAACCACGAAGACGAGAUCAUACAAAUGAAUGUGACUUAUGAGAAAAUAAACAAAGGAGAAAGCGUACAGAUAGCUAUAAUUAGAACUAAUGCUACAACCACACUGCACGUUAAUGAAAAAAAUACUACAAUUGAAAUUGUUGCAAAACUUUUAACUAAUUACACUAAUAAACCUUGGAUUAAUCCAGAAUUGGAAGUAAUUCGUCCCCAAAGACCGCCAGCACCUCCAACAGAUUACUUUCAAAUGAACCUCGGAGGAUACGAUCCAUAUUCGCUGCAUCUAGCUCCCAGAGCGAGUAUAUUACAACAAGGAGGAUAUGUAGGAUGUGUGAGGGGAUUCAAAAUAUCAGACCAUGUCGUAGAUCUGUCGAGAAAGGCGCAGCAGAAUAUUGAUCAAGAUCUAACAGGAGUGCUACCAGAAUGCAACAUGAAGUGUGACUCCGAGCCGUGCAAGAAUGGCGGCGUGUGUACUGAAGACUUCACAAACCAAGAGAGCAGUUGCGACUGUGAGCUCACAUCUUACUUUGGAGAAUACUGUAUGGAGGAGAAAGGCGCUGAUUUUAAUGGAGAGAGCAUUUUGCAGAGGAAAUUUGUACUCUCCGGCCCUAUACUUAAGGUUAAAAUCAAGAUGGCGUUCUCGAGCAACGAUCUCCGGCAAAAGAACACAGUUCUAUUACUGGUCCAAACUGAGAAUAAACGCAGCUAUUACUUGCUCGUUGCGAUCACUCAGGACGGUUAUCUAAAGUUCGAGGAGGAUCGUGAGGAAUCCGCUUACGGGGCCGAAGUGAAGAAUCGAAACUUUUUGAACGGCGCUCGUCACACUGUAUACUACACAAGGAUAGGUCAAGAAGCAAAACUGCUGAUUGACAGGAUAGAAAUACCGCUGGAGAAAUUACCACCCCAAGGUCUGUGGGAGGUCUUCGAUAUAGGAUCCAAUGAAGUGCAAAUCGGAGGUCUGAACACUACGGACCCUAGAUUGAAAAUUUAUAAAGGGUACAACGGAUGUCUAUCAAAUAUUUUCGUGGAAAUAAAUGAGUAUAUAAUGAAACCAUUAGAAGAAUACAUGAUGUUCACUCGCUCCGAUGCUGAGAAAGUGAACGCCGUCAACGCACAAGGAGUGAGGAGUGCUCAAUGUUCAGCGGACUUCGACGAAGCUUGGCCUGAACAUGAGCUUGGCGCUACCCACAAUGGAAGCUUUCUUAUCAGUGUUGACAAAACUUGGGUAGAGGACCCACCAUCGAGAAUCCCAUACGACUCCCUGCACCAGCAACCUGAUGCCGAGGAGGAGAAUACAGACAAAAUAUUCAUCGCUCUCAUUGUGAUAUUCCUGCUUGGUCUCUGCUAUUGUGGAUAUCAUAUGUGGCGAACACAUAAAGCUUACAAAUUAAAUUUGGAAAAGGAGACAGACGAAAAAAUAAUGAGAAGUAAAGAAAUCGCUUCGAAAUUACAGGAACCUAGCAUAUCUUUCUUGCAGCUUAGUAAGGAAGACGAUGAUGCAAAUAAAGAUAACGAUAAAAAAAGUAACGGAGCCACUAGUGAUGCCAUGCCAGUUGUUAUAGUAGAAAUGGCGAAUGAGGAAAGACCUGUUGUCAGAAAAGGCUCGUUGAGAUUCAGAGAUAUAUUAGACAAAGAGCGGGUUUGGGAGCCGUUGGAGGAAAAAGACGAAACAUUAGAGAACGAUGAAGAAACUGAUGUCGAAGAUCAUGAGGCCGACGACGAAGACGAGUAUACAGACGACGAACACGACUCUACUUCGAGCAUUCAUGAAAAUCGAAGAGAUUCCAUCAAAGGUAGACCACUAACUCCGCAACUACCCUGUAAAAUAGACAAAGAUAGUUCAAAUGAAUUGUUAACAUUAAGCGCGUAAACAUGAUAAAUAAAUUAUUUCCUACA